AUGUUCUCGUCCAAACCCUUUGUUUUCAGAGGUGAAUCAGGAGCUGGCAAGACCGAGAACACGAAGAAGGUCAUCCAGUACCUGGCCCACGUUGCCUCCUCGCACAAAGGACGCAAAGACCACAACAUUCCUGGGGAGCUGGAACGCCAGCUUCUGCAAGCCAACCCCAUUCUGGAAUCUUUUGGCAAUGCCAAGACUGUAAAAAAUGACAACUCAUCUCGCUUUGGGAAGUUCAUUAGAAUCAACUUUGAUGUCACAGGAUACAUUGUCGGGGCCAACAUUGAAACCUAUCUCCUGGAGAAGUCGAGGGCCAUAAGGCAAGCAAAAGAUGAGAGGACCUUCCACGUUUUCUACCGCCUGCUGGCAGGGGCUGGAGAGCAUCUUCGAACCGACCUGCUCCUCGAAGGCUUCAACAACUACCGCUUCCUGUCCAAUGGCAACAUUCCUAUCCCAGGCCAGCAGGACAAGGACAAUUUCCAGGAGACAAUGGAGGCUAUGCACAUCAUGGGCUUCAACCACGAUGAGAUAGUCUCGAUGAAAGAAGGUUUUAAUCAUGCCCUGUCUUCACCAGGCAUGCUGAAGGUGGUCUCGUCAGUGCUACAGUUUGGAAAUGUGGUCUUUAAAAAAGAGAGAAAUACCGAUCAAGCCUCCAUGCCUGAGAACACAGCGGCGCAGAAGCUCUGCCAUCUGCUCGGGAUGAAUGUUAUGGAGUUUACCCGAGCCAUCCUCACCCCGAGGAUCAAAGUGGGACGCGACUAUGUGCAGAAGGCACAGACUAAAGAACAGGUGGAUUACAAAGCGGAUGAGUGGCUGAUGAAGAAUAUGGAUCCUCUCAAUGACAAUGUAGCCACGCUGCUUCACCAGUCCACCGAUAAAUUUGUGGCAGAGCUUUGGAAGGACGACAUUCAGACGUUUCAGAGAGCCUCUUUCUAUGACAAUGUGUCUGGGCUCCAUGAAGCUCCAGUGGACCGGAUCGUGGGUCUGGACCAGGUUGCCGGUAUGAACGAGACAGCGUUUGGUGCUGCCUACAAGACCAAGAAAGGCAUGUUCCGCACUGUGGGACAGCUGUACAAGGAGCAGCUGUCCAAGCUGAUGGCCACACUCAGGAACACCAAUCCCAACUUUGUCCGCUGCAUCAUCCCCAACCAUGAAAAAAGAGCUGGUAAACUUGACCCACAUCUGGUUUUGGACCAGCUCAGAUGUAACGGUGUGUUGGAGGGAAUCCGUAUCUGCAGACAGGGAUUUCCCAACCGUAUCGUCUUCCAGGAGUUCAGGCAGAGAUAUGAAAUUCUCACCCCUAACGCUAUUCCCAAAGGCUUUAUGGAUGGAAAACAGGCCUGCGAGAGAAUGGCAAACAAUUGCCUGAAGUCUGAAUAUUGUCUCCCUCUUUUUAAUUGGCAGAUUCAGGCAUUGGAACUUGACGGGAACCUCUUCCGCAUCGGCCAGAGCAAGAUCUUCUUCAGGGCAGGAGUCCUGGCCCAUCUGGAGGAGGAGAGGGACCUGAAGAUCACAGACAUCAUCAUUUACUUCCAGGCCGUCUGUCGAGGUUAUCUGGCGCGCAAGGCCUUUGCUAAGAAGCAGCAGCAGCUCAGCGCCCUGAAAGUCCUCCAGAGGAACUGCGCUGCCUACUUGAAGCUGCGUCACUGGCAGUGGUGGAGGCUCUUCACUAAGGUGAAGCCCCUCUUGCAGGUGACCAGGCAGGAGGAGGAGAUGCAAGCUAAGGACGAAGAGCUGGUCAAAGUGAAAGAGAAGCAGGUGAAGGUGGAAGGUGAGCUGGUGGAGAUGGAGAGAAAGCAUCAGCAGUUGCUUGAAGAGAAGAACAUCCUAGCAGAGCAGCUGCAGGCAGAGACAGAGCUGUUCGCGGAGGCCGAGGAGAUGAGAGCUCGCCUGGCGUCAAAAAAACAGGAGCUGGAGGAGAUCCUGCAUGACCUGGAGUCCAGGUUGGAGGAGGAAGAGGAGAGGACUCAAGGCCUGCAGAACGAAAAGAAAAAAAUGCAGUCCCACAUCCAGGACCUGGAGGAGCAGCUGGAUGAAGAAGAAGGUGCCAGGCAGAAACUGCAGCUCGAGAAAGUCACGGCCGAAGCUAAAAUGAAGAAGUAUGAAGAGGACAUUUUGCUCCUCGAGGACCAGAACUCCAAGUUCCUGAAGGAAAAGAAGCUGGUUGAGGACAGAAUCAACGAGAUGACAUCACUGCUGGCUGAAGAGGAAGAGAAGGCCAAGAACCUGGGGAAGAUCAAAAACAAGCAGGAGAUGAUGAUGGCCGACCUGGAGGAGAGACUAAAGAAGGAGGAGAAGACCCGCCAGGAGCUAGAGAAGGCUAAGAGGAAGCUGGAUGGAGAGACCACUGACUUCCAGGACCAGAUAUCUGAGCUCCAGGCCCAGAUCGAAGAGUUCAAAGGUCAGCUGGUCAAGAAAGAGGAUGAGCAGCAGAUGAUGCAGGCCAGAGGUGAUGAGGAAGUCACCCAGAAGAACAACGCUCUGAAGCAGAUCAGGGAGCUGCAGGCCCAGCUGUCCGAGCUGCAGGAGGACCUCGAGUCGGAGAAGCAGGCCAGGAAUAAGGCCGAGAAGCUCAAGAGGGACUUGAGUGAGGAGCUCGAGGCCCUCAAGACUGAGCUGGAGGACACCCUUGACACGACGGCCGCCCAGCAGGAGCUCAGGACCAAGCGCGAACAGGAGGUUGCGGAGCUGAAGAAAGCCAUCGAGGAAGAGGCCAAAAACCACGAGGCACAGAUCCAGGAGAUGCGGCAGAGACACGGGACCGCCCUGGAGGAGCUGUCCGAGCAGCUGGAGCAGGCCAAGAGGUUCAAGGCCAACCUGGAAAAGACGAAGCAGAGCCAGGAGAGCACCAACAAGGAGCUGGCCAGUGAGGUGAAGAGCCUGCAGCAGGCCAAGACGGAGUCCGAGCACAAGAGGAAGAAGCUGGAGGCUCAACUGCAGGAGUUCAUGGCCCGAGUCACAGAGGGGGAGAGGGCCAAGGGGGAGCUGGCCGACCGCUCGCACAAGCUGCAGGCCGAGCUGGACAACGUCUCGGCCCUGCUGGAAGACGCAGAGAGAAAAGGGAUCAAGAUGACCAAAGACGUCACCGGAUUAGAGAGCCAGCUGCAAGACACCCAGGAGCUGCUCCAGGAAGAGACCCGUCAGAAACUAAACCUGAGCAGUCGCAUUCGCCAGCUGGAGGAGGAGAAAAACGCCCUGCAGGAGCAGCAGGAGGAGGACGAGGGGGCACGCAAGAAUCUGGAGAAGCAGCUGCUCACCCUGCAGGCUCAGCUCUCUGAAAGCAAGAAGAAGCUGGAGGAUGACGUGGGGACGAUCGAGGGCCUGGAGGAAGCCAAGAAGAAACUGCAGAAGGACUUUGAGCUGUCCAGCCAGCGUCUGGAGGAGAAGUCCAUCGCCUUUGAGAAGAUGGAGAAGACAAAGACGCGUCUGCAGCAGGAGCUGGACGACAUAACCGUUGACUUGGAUCAUCAGAGACAGAUCGUCUCCAACCUGGAGAAGAAGCAGAAGAAGUUCGACCAGAUGCUGGCCGAGGAGAAGAGCAUCUCGGCCCGCUUCGCCGAGGAGCGGGACCGCGCCGAAGCCGAGGCCCGAGAAAAGGAGACCAAAACUCUGUCCCUGACCCGAGCCCUGGACGAGGCGCUGGAGGCCAAAGAGGAGCUGGAGCGGGUCAACAAGCAGCUGCGCGCCGAAAUGGAAGAUCUGAUGAGCUCCAAGGACGACGUGGGAAAGAAUGUCCACGAGCUGGAGAAGUCCAAGCGCACCCUGGAGCAGCAGCUGGAGGAGAUGAAGACGCAGCUGGAGGAGCUGGAGGACGAGCUGCAGGCCACCGAGGACGCCAAGCUGCGCCUGGAG